CAAUGGACAAAUUGCUGAAAUUCAUGGGUUUUAUUGGCGAUCUUAAGAGAGUGAAAAGAACUGGUUGGGUGUUGAGAAGAAUUGAGGAUCCUGAAUCGGUGGCUGAUCAUAUGUACAGAAUGGCUCUUCUUUCAUUCCUAGUGGAACCUACCUCAGGUCUCAAUAAAGACAGAUGCAUCAAAAUAAGCCUGGUCCAUGAUCUUGCUGAAUGUAUCGUGGGGGAUCUUACUCCUCAAGAUGACUUUUCAAAGUCUGAGAAACAAAAGCAGGAAAUGGAAGCCAUGAAGCACAUCUGCAGUUUGGUUUCAGAAGAAGUAGGACAAGAACUCUAUGAAUUAUGGGAGGACUAUGAAUUUCAGAAAAGUGAGGAAGCUAAGUUUGUAAAGGACUUGGACAAAUUUGAGAUGAUUCUCCAGGCUCACGAGUACGAGAAUCUCAGUAACAGCCCAGGGAGACUACAGGAAUUCUUUGAUAGUACAAAAGGAAAGUUCAAGACUGUGCAAAUAAAAGACUGGGUAGAGAAGUUAAACACAAAAAGAUGUUCAUCUGGUGGAUCAUGACAAAAUAAACUUAGUAUUUCCUCAAA